GUCUUGGCUGUUCUUAGGUCUGUUUGCUAGAUCAUCGACUCCUGAGCGCUGGUGGAGACUGAGGUAACGGGACUGAGAAGUCGCGAGAGGAGGUGCUGUCCCCGUCGCACAGACUGGCGUCCGCGACUCGCCGACGCAGCCCGGGCUGCCCCUCGCCGGGGCCGGGACAGGGACCGCCGGCCCGGGUGUCCGCUCCGCCAAGAGUCCGAUGGCGGUGGCCGAGCGUAGGGACCUGGUUCAGGUCUGUCACGCGUGGUCUGGACUGUGAUGACUGAGCGGGAAGAGGCGCCGUCCCCGCCGCACAGACUGGGGUCCGUGGCUCUGCGACGCCGCUCGUGCUGCCCCGCGGCGGGGCCGAGACAGGGACCGCCGGCCCACAGAGUCCGAUGGCGGCGGCCACGCCAGGGGACCGGUCUCAGGACAAUGUGACUUUGGAGGACGUGGCCGUGUACUUCUCCUGGGAGGAGUGGGGGCUCCUUGAUGAGGCUCAGAGAUGCCUGUACCACGAUGUGAUGCUGGAGACCUUGGCACGUAUAACCUCCCUGGAUUGCUUAUGUGGCAUAGAGAAUGAGGAGUCCCCUUCUGGACAAAAUAUUUCUCUGGGAAGGACACCACCAAUCAGGACUUCGGGACCAAAUCUAUUUACCCAGAAGGUUCAUCUCUGUGAGAUGUGUGUUCCUGUCAUGAAGGACAUUUUGUACCUGGCUGAGCAUCGAGGAACACAUACUGGGCAGGAAUCCUACACAUGUGUGGCAUGUGGGAAACAAUUCUGUUUCAGCGCAGAUCUGCACCAACACCGCAGUGAGCACAGUGGGAAAAAGCCCUACAGCAAAGGCAUGGACAGGGCUUCCUGUGGGAAGAGCUAUAGAAGCCAUUCAUUAGGGAAGCCUUUCACCUGUGGGGCAGUUGAAAAGGACUUCCUGGCCAGUGUGGGUCUUCUCCGGCAUCAGGCCACUCCCAAGGCAGUACCGAGUAUACACAGCAGUACGAAGUGUGAGGAGGCCUUUCGCAAUGGAAAAAGUCCUUACAGAUGUGGCGAAUGUGGAAAAGUCUUCUGUCACAAACAAACACUUGUUCAGCACCAGGGAAUUCACACUGGAGAAGGACUAUUUGAGAGCAGUGACUGUGGGAAAACCUUCAGCUACAAGCAUACAUUUAUUCAGCACAAGACAGUCCACACUGGAGUAAAGCCUUUUGAGUGCAGUGAAUGUGGAAAGGCCUUCAGGUUCAAGUAUAAACUUGUUCAGCACCAUCGUACUCACACUGGAGAAAGGCCUUAUGUGUGUAGUGAAUGUGGGAAAGCUUUUGGGUACAAAUACAAACUUGUUCGGCACCAGAGAGUUCACACUGGAGCAAAGCCUUAUGAGUGUGCUGAAUGUGGCAAAUUCUUUAGACAAAGCUCCGGCCUUGUUCAACAUCGGAGAAUUCACACUGGAGCAAGACCUUAUGAAUGUGGCGAAUGUGGAAAGUCUUUUAGCCAAAGCUCUAUCCUCAUGCAGCACAGGAAAGUUCACACUGGAGAAAGGCCAUAUGAGUGCCGUGAAUGUGGGAAAGCUUUUAGAUAAAGCUCUAACCUCACUCAGCAUCAGAGAGUUCACACUGGAGAAAGGCCUUAUGAAUGUAGUGAAUGUGGAAAAUCCUUUAAGCGAAACUACAGCCUCAUUCAACACCAUAAACUUCACACUAGAUAAAGGCCUCAGGAGCGCAACCAACACGACAAAGUUUUCAUUUCAUAGUCUGCUCUGAUUUAACACCAAAAACUUCACAACCCACAUAAGUUUUAUGAAUCAGCAAAUGUGGAAAAAUGCUCAGCCAAAGAUCUAAACUCGUUCAGUAUUAAAAAGAAAUUCCACGUAAGAUAAUGGCCUUAAACCUUCAGUGAAUGUGCUCUUUGUUCAGCGUGACAGCUCUAGAGAGCCUCUGUGCGGAGCCGUCUGCCGGGUAUUCCAGCUGUGAGUUUUCAGGAGCUGCAUUUCAUAUUCUGACCUGCUCAGACCUUGCCAGAAUGAUGUCACUGCCAGGUGGUGGGAGAAGUCCUCUUACCUCUGACACCGGACAAGUCCUCACGGCACGCAUGUCACCUCCGCGUGCUGAGAGAAGACAGAUGUUUGCGCGCUGUCUCCCAUUCUCUAGUGGAAUCACAGGCUGAUCCCCUGGAGGGUUCUCAUUCCCUUCCCUCUGACUAGUUACGGCAGGGACCUGAACCCCAUUUUGCCCAAAGAACCCAGUCUAGGAAAUGCUGGUAGUUUAAGUUUUACCUUCUUCAUGGCAUUAUUGGUCUUCUGCAAUAUUUUUUAUGAAUUUUCCAGCCUCCCAACUCACUGACCUGGGACCUAUGUGUCUCAUACUUGCUCUGGU